AUGGGGAGUGUUUUCAAUCCCUGGAAGAGAUAUUUCCUUAAUGAUGCCUUCUACAAACCUGGAGGACCAGUAUUUCUGAUAACCAGUGGGGAGGGGGCUGCCACAGGAAUUGCUGCAUCAAGAAACAUUACCUGGAUGACAUAUGCUGAGAGGCUGGGUGCCCUCUUCUUAAUUCUGGAACACAGAUUUUACGGAGAGAGCCAACCAACAGGUUGGACCUGGUAUAAAUACUCAACAUGUUUUCAAAACAUACAUUUUUACUUUAUAGUCAAGCUGAUGUUAAGCAGCAUAUUUUCUACUUUAAUUAUUGCCACAAACAGCAUGUAUUUAUCCUUUAAUUAUAGAGAUCUGAGUACUGCCAGCCUCCACUACCUCAGCAGCAGGCAAGCCUUGGCUGACAUCGUCAACUUCCGAACUGAAAUAGCAAGGAAACUGGGACUCACAGAAAAUAAAUGGGUUACAUUUGGCGGCUCUUAUGGUGGUUCCCUUGCAGUGUGGUCGAGAAUAAAACACCCCAACCUGUUUGCUGCAGCUGUGAGCAGCAGUGCACCAAUUCAAGCAAAACUUAAUUUUUAUGAGUUCAAUGAAGUAAUUGGAAGGAUUUUGUCCGCUCAUAACAGUGAAUGUCCCAAAGCAGUGAAAGAGGCGUUUGCUAUUCUUGUGCAGAUGCUGAAACGUCGGAAAUACUACAGUAAGGUUAAAAAGGAUUUCAGGUUAUGUGAACCUAUUAAAAUUCACUCACCAAGGGAAACAGCCUUUCUCAUGGAGAAUAUGAUACAUCUUGUUCAAUCCUUUGUUCAUAAACAGGUUAACAAAGUUAUUAAGGGAGAACCAGAAGAGAUCAACAUUGAUACCCUAUGUGACAAUAUGACUGAUGCCUCACUCGGUUCACCAUAUGACAGAUUGACAAAAAUUGUACAUUUAUUCCUUAAGAGUAAACACAAGCGUUGCAUUAGUACAAAUUAUAGUGAAGAGGUGGAAGAAUUGUCUAACUCUUCCUUGGACUACCUACGUAUGAAGUAUGACAGGCAAUGGUUCUAUCAGUGUUGCACUGAAUUUGGCUUCUUUAAGACCACGGAGUCAAAGAACCAGCCCUUCUCUGGAACACCUCUCAGGUUUUUUUUUCAUACAUGUUCAGAUGUCUUUGGCCCUAAGUUCGGCAGAGAUUUAGCAGUUUGGGGUGUUAGGAACACCAACAAGUACUAUGGUGGCUUCAAUGUGAUUGGAAGCAAAAUCAUCUUUUCCAAUGGUUCCAAUGAUCCUUGGCACCGUUUGGGAAUCAUAAAGGAUAUCAGUAAAGAUUUGCCUGCUGUCUUCAUUAAAGGUGAAGGACACUGUGCAGAUGCGUUAGAACAAGAUGAUACUGAUUCAGCUGAACUAAUUGAAGUACGAGAAAAAAUAUUCCAGAUCUUACAAAAAUGGCUAAAGCAAUAG